UCGCGAGAGGCAGCGGUUGGGAACAAAGAUCUUAUAGCGGGAAUGUCGUUGGGUUGUCUUUAGGAAUGGCUGCCAGUGAAAUCGAAACUGCUGAAGACUUGUGGGAGAGGAUCUGUUCCGGACUGCCGGCUAACAUGAUGGAUGCGAAUGAAACCAGUUGCCCAGUCGAUGAAUGCUUCCCAGAAUCUUUCUCUGAGAUAGGCUGCCCCAUUCCAGUCACAGUGUCGUGCACAGAUUUGAUGAACGACGAGAAUGAUGCAGAGGGGAUCUAUCCCUGGGCCCCCAUGGCUGAUUCUCAGCAGUACCUGGCAAUGUUGGAAAACCGCCUGAGGAAACUGAAGGGUUUGAAUGAAGAGCCAAGUUCAAAAGGGAUGCUCAGAAGUCUGUCACAGGCAAAGAAAGAAUGCUGGGACCGUUUCUUACAUGAACAAUGUAUAUCAGAGAUGUACAUCGAUGGAUACGAGAUGGACCAGAGCGCCAUUGACCACCUGAAGCGGUGGGUGCUGCCCGACAGAGUUCCGGUCAACACAGAAGAGAUUCAGCAUCUGAUCAGCCCUGAGGGGCGGUCUGCGAGCCAGGAAGAGCCUGAGGGACAGGGCAGCUCCAACCGUGAGCAGUGAUGAGCAGCAAUGCCAUCCACCCUGUGAAACGUAGUUUGAGCUGAACACUGAUCAUCAUCCAAGCUUUGAAAUGUUGAACUGCUUCACAUGGCAUUGAAAACCAACCACAAAUACAAAUAAUGUGUCUGAUUUGUCCCAGCUGCUGAAUCCAGUCCUUUACUGAAUCUUGCGUGCAUUUUAAAUAGGGGGGGUGACACCCAGAGUCCCCACAAGGCCCCUCUGCCUCCACCAGUGCACAAUGAUCACCUUAACCCAUUUUUGUCCAGUGAGGAGACGGCCAGGAGGGAAUCCUAGAUCUGAAAGGGAGUGGUGCCCUGGUGCACCUUAGCAGGGCGGCACAGUGGCUGGCAGAGCAGCUGCCUCACAGCUUCAGAGACUCGGGUUCAAUACGGACGCCAGGUGCUGUCCGCAAAUUUUGCACGUUCUCCCCGUGUCUGUGUGGGUUCCCCGCCACAUCCCGAGGAUGCGCUUGUCUGUAGUUCAAUUGUCCUCUGUAAAUUGACUAGUGUGUAGGGAGAAGAUGCAAAAGUACGUUAGCACAGAACUCAUGAAAACAAGUGUGGAUCGAUGAUUGGCGUGGACUCGGUGGGCUGAAGGCCCAGUUCCCGUUGUAUCUUUCAAUCCGUUCAAUUAUCCUGAUGAUCUAAAUAACCUUCAGUGCACCUGUAUAGUGCAGAACUGUAUAGUGAUUCCAAAGUGUUGCAAUUAAAGAAUGUUACAUGGCAUUCCUCUGAUCAU